UGCAACUGAACCGGAAAAACAGAAACUCUUCACAAGAUUCAAAUAGUAGUGGUACAUAUUUACACCACAAUGUCACCAGCACCAGUCCUUUUAACCCAUUCAGUCACAACUGAGAAGAUAAACGGAACUCUGAGAAGAUAAACGGAAGUAUAUCUGUGUUUCACGGUUGAUUCCCUCUUUCUGGACCAUGCAAGGAAAGGCAGCAGGACCUGUCCUUAUACCCUUAUUGGUCCAGAAUUGUGAGCCAGCUCAAGGUGAUGAGGAACCAGUCCUCCAGUGCUCCGUCAAACCAGGUGAUUGGGUAAGGGUAAAAGUCCACAAGAGAAAGUGGUCUGAACCUAGGUGGACAGGACCGUGGGAGAUCACGGAGGUGACUACACAUGCGGUCAAGGUAAGAGGUAAAACAGGAGCAAAUUGGCACCACCUCACACAUUGUGUACCCGCACCUGGGCCUUCCAGAACACUUCUGGAAGUUAGAACUGAUUUGACAAGCAGCAAUCCUGUAACAAAAGCAGAUAAAUCAUAAAUUAAGCAAAAGGAUUGCUGGGGUAGUGGUGGAAGAAAGUCCCACCGAACUAAGGGUAUCCUAGCUAUCUGAAGGAACAGCCUCAAAAAAAAAAAAAAAAAAAAAAAAAAAUGUUAUAAUGUUGGGUAAUAAUUUGGGGAAUAAUCCAAAUGGGAUUUGGAAAAGAUCCAUAUGAAGCCAAGGACAUAACCAAACGAGGGCCAAUGACAAUACUGUGUCAUGAAGGGAAAAAUUGCGUUGUGGAGUUCGAUCUGUGUCGGGUAAUAGACUGCUCCGGAGAUGAGCAGGCCCAGCUAAUGUGGAAUGACAAGUAUAUAUGUAAUACAGAAAAACGGUGCAGAAUAGGUGCACACUAUUAUAACACAGAUGGCUAUUGGAGGUGUAAGGGAGGGUUUUGGGGUUGCAACUGCCAAGAGUGGUCGUCUGUCCUGGUGAAUACGGGAUCGCAAGACUGGGGAUAUGAAGGCUAUAUAGGACAUACAUUUGAUAAUUACAGUACGGGCCUAGAGUUAAAAAGUCGUAUGUCCCUUAUUAAAGCGAGUAGUAAGGCUUUCUGUGAAGAUGAGAAAUGUAAUCCGCUGAUUUUGACCCUGAAGGAUCCUAUACCUGGGGAUUCCAGGUAUUUAGUUCUGGGAAUAUGCAGAGCGGGAGAAGAUGCAUUAGGUCCAAUUAGACUGCUGGUGAUCCCCAAGCCUAAAAUAACGACCAACUCUGUUACAAAUAGUGGUAGUAACCCAACAGCCCCACCUCUUCCUAAGCCAUCUGUGAAGUUGGUGAAAAUUGUGAACAUAACCACCUUAGUGGAUACAUUUGCUGUGGAAACUGGGUUUGAGGAUAGAAAUGAAUGGUUGAAUUGGAUGCUCUAUACUGCCAAGCACGCUAAUCAAAGUAACUGUUAUGCCUGUUCCUCUGCCAGACCCCACCUGGGCACUGUUCCAUUACCCUUUAAUAGAGAUAACGACCUAAGUGGCUUAAAGUGUAUAGUGUCACUAUUCAGCAACCUAGAGGGUAGGGAUGACAACUGCGCCGCUGUACACUACCUGUACCCAAUAGUCGAGGUUCGAGUGACGCCACCUAUCUAUGCACCAUACCCUGGGAACUACCCCUGCUUUGAAAAAGCAAAAGGGGAAGUCUCGGUGGGACAACUCUCAUGGUGUGGAGACACUGUGAACGUUGGCAAUGACACUGGAGGCUUUAAGGAUGUGUGGUUCACAAACCAGACGGUGGGCCGUGCAGAUAUAUGGUGGAUGUGUGCUCCUAGACAACUAAGAUCUAAGUUGCCUGCAAGCUGGAGGGGCAGGUGAGCCUUGGUUCAGCUCAUACUACCGCUCUAUGUGUUGCCAAUAGGGACCAAAAUGUUGACUCCAGAAAAUUUGCCGAGCAUCCAUAGGGAAAAGCGUGACGUUAGAAUUCCGAGGGGAACAUUCGACCCUCAUAUUUAUUUAGAUGGAAUUGGAGUGCCUAGGGGUGUGCCAGACGAAUUCAAAGCAAGAGACCAGAUUGCAGUGGGAUUUAAGAGUGUGUUGUUCUGGUGGAGCACAGUAAAUAAGAAUGUAGACUGGAUCAAUUAUAUUUACUAUAAUCAGCAGCGGUUUGCUAAUUACACGCGGGAUGCAAUAAAGGGCAUACACGGGCAACUAGAUAGAACUAGUCUAAUGGCAUGGCAGAACAGAAUUGCAUUAGAUCUGCUUCUGGCUGAAAAGGGGGGAGUGUGUAAAAUGUUUGGGGAUACAUGUUGUACAUUCAUACCUAAUAAUACUGCACCUGACGGCUCAAUAACCAAAGCAUUGAAGGGAUUGACUUCACUGAGUAAGGAGUUGGCAGAAAACAGUGGAACCAACAAUCCCUUCAAUUCUUGGAUGACUAAAAUGUUUGGACAGUAUAAAGCUUUGAUCUUGAGUGUAUUGACUUCAAUCACUACAGGAGUGGCCCUUCUUAUCUUGUGUGGAUGUUGUUGCAUUCCUUGUAUCAGGACACUGUUGAUCAGACUUAUAGAGACUGCGUUGACAAAGAGGGGAGACCGAAAAUUGCAGAUGCCCCUGAUGGGCAAUAAGGUUCCAUUGUUAGCUGAUGAUGAAAUUGAAAUGUACGAGGCUGAUCCGGAGGAAAUCUAGGGUAUCAGGGCUAGGUUUGUGUUUUUAUGUUCCGCUUUUUUGCUUACGCUUAGCACUAAAUUAUAUACUCACUGGACGAUCACAAGGAUGGAGUAUCACACUCUAGGUGAUAGAGAAAACGCUGGGAGGGUCAGAGUAUUACACCAUUCACUGGUUUAAGAGAGAAAGGACCCGACUCAGCAAGUAUCACACCAAUGAGUUUAAGAGAGAAACAUCCCGCUCGUGCACGCACACGCACAUAAUCAAUAGACUUACAAUAGUACACAUACGCGUAGAGAAUAAGUUUUCUUUGUUUAUAAUAGUGAAUAAGUUUCCUUUGAUUGUGUGAUUCACAUUCUGAUAAGGGUAUAAUCCACACCAAUAAAUGGUGUGGAAGGGGGGAUAUGUGAUAUUAUUAAUUUUAUAUGUAGAAUCAUUAACUGUAUAAUGUGUAUGAAUAUAAUGUGUAUGAAAUGAUUAAAUGUACCGUGUAUCUCUUGAUUAUGAUAUUGUGAAACUGAGAGCCAGGCCAGGAGAUAAGCCAGGUCAUUGUGAACUGAAGUUGAUAGCUAGUAGGCAAAACAGAAAACAGUCACAAGUGUACACAAGAUAGCGAACAUGUUUUUCGGACAGUAAACUGACCAGAUUAAACCAGUUUUAUGAACAAAGAAGGAUGUAUUUUGACACCCAAGAGAGAUAUAAGAAAGUGUGUAAGCAUUAAUCGGGGCUCAAUACUUUUCGUUUUUGCAUGAGUGUGAAGUUGGUUUUACGAGCCCUCAGCUGAGUGACUGGUACUGUUGACUUUUACAUGAUUUGUAAUAAAUGAUUUUGCUGAU